CAAUGGGAACGUUCGUAAAGCUACGUAUGAACGUACAAGCGCGUUUAUAAGAUCUACGGCCUGACGGCGCAGAUUAUAUCACGAACGUCACGAGAAUGCACAAUGCAAGAGAGAAGUAAAAUGAUCUCUAUAGAUACAUACAUUAUUUUAGAGAACGUUUGUCUGCGACCGUGGGCCUUCGAGCGCAUUCCAAACAAGAUGAUUCGCGGGUUGGACAACGCAUUAAUUUACACGUCCACGAAGGAAGCCUGUCUCGCGGCCUGCUUAAACGAGCACCGUUUCACCUGUCGUUCCGUGGAGUAUAAUUACGUGACGCUGCAGUGUCAUCUGAGCGACUCGGAUCGUCGAACGACAGGUCAAUACGUUCAAUUCGUGGACGCGCAGGGAGUGGAUUACUUCGAAAAUUUAUGCUUGAAAGGAAAGGAGGCUUGCAAGGCUCAGAGGAUCUUCCAGAUGCCCAGGAUCGGCGUGGCGGACGACAAGGUCGCGCAGUACGCGGGCCUGCACUAUUACACAGAUAAGGAGCUGCAGGUUCAAAGCGAGUCCGCUUGUAGAUUGGCCUGCGAAAUCGAGAAUGAGUUUCUCUGCAGAUCCUUCCUCUAUCGCGGCGCGCCACAGGGUUCGGCUUAUAACUGUCAACUCUUUCACUUGGACCACUGGACUCUGCCGGAUGGACCUUCGACCUAUCUCAACGCGGAAAGGCCCCUGAUCGACAAUGGGGAACGAGUCGGCACCUACUUUGAGAAUUUCUGCGAAAAGGGUACCGGGCCAAUAUCGGACCCGUUGCCGGUCGUUUUCGAGACCACGGAGGAUUCUACGAUAAACAAUCUCACCCGAAACGACAUUAAUUGCGACAAGACGGGAACUUGCUACGAUGUGUCGGUUGACUGCAAAGACACUCGUAUCGCCGUCCAAGUUCGUACAAAUAAACCUUUCAAUGGACGUAUUUACGCUCUCGGACGAUCGGAGACUUGCAAUAUUGAUGUUAUUAAUAGCGAUCUCUUCAGACUCGAUCUCACGAUGAGCGGACAGGAUUGUAACACUCAGAGCGUGACUGGAAUAUAUUCGAACACGGUUGUACUGCAACAUCACUCUGUGGUAAUGACAAAGGCCGACAAAAUCUACAAAGUCAAAUGUACAUACGACAUGUCCUCGAAGAAUAUUACAUUCGGCAUGAUGCCGAUCAGAGACCCGGAAAUGAUUAGUAUCACUAGUGCGCCGGAAGCGCCUCCACCGAGGAUUCGCAUCCUCGACAGCCGGUCGCGAGAGGUUGAAACUGUACGCAUUGGUGACAAAUUGACGUUUAGAAUCGAAAUCCCGGAAGACACUCCUUACGGCAUAUUCGCUCGCAGUUGCGUAGCCAUGGCGAAGGACUCGAAAAGCACGUUUCAAAUUAUCGACGACGAAGGGUGUCCCGUCGAUCCUUCCAUCUUCCCCAGCUUCACUCCCGAUGGUAACGCUCUGCAAUCUGUAUACGAGGCCUUCAGGUUCACCGAAUCUUACGGCGUGAUCUUCCAGUGUAACGUCAAGUACUGUCUGGGACCUUGCGAACCGGCCGUUUGCGAGUGGGGACGCGAAUCCGUGGAAUCGUGGGGGAAGAGACGUAGAAGAAGCAUCGCGAACUCGACGGAGGAAAAAGGCGAAGACAUGACGCUGUCUCAAGAGAUCUUGGUGCUCGACUUUGGCGAUGAGAAGCAGUCCGACUUCCUGAAGAGUGACUCCAGCAUAGACUUCAACGAAGCGGACAAAACGGUGACCAUCGUAGAGCCGUGUCCGACGAAAACCUCGGUGCUGGCGCUCGGGGUGACGUGUGCUCUUUUGGUGCUCAUCUAUAUCUCUACAAUCUUCUGUUACUACAUGAAGAAAUGGCUGACACCUCGCAAAAUGAUGCCUUAAGGAACAAGAAGGAUUCGUUCGCACAGCGCAUUCGCAAGAGUAAAUGGAAAAAAAACGAACAGCGCGAGAGUUGACACAUACAUUCACACGUACACACACGCAUACUCAUAUCGUAAGUAAGUUAUCAAAGGAUUCACAUUUCGUCCUCUCAUUUCUAUUGUAUGCUCAUUUUCAUUAUAUUUGCUGCGGAUAAAGCGCACGCGUAAUAAGAUGAAAGAUAAAAGAUCGCUAUUCAAGAGAGAUUACGUUAUCGCGACGCGCAUCUGAAAUGCCCUUAAUGUAUUUAGUAUUCCGUGCAAGGUAUCAUUGAUCAUAGGACUUGAGAUUGGUAAUAUCCGAGUGAAUACAGAUAUAAUCGAUAACACUAACGGUCAUUAAUAUAGACCGACAUCUUUGAAGGAAUUAUUGAAAAGCCGCCAAUCGAACGCGCGAAAAUAAAUUUACACCAACACGAGAAAUUACUUUAUUAACGGAGAGUACACGGAUCUCCUGUACCAUAUACCGAAAUGCGAACACCUACGCGAACUCGAGGCCUCGAACGAAGAGGAUGACUCGACUCCUCUCUGAAGCGUCUGAAGUAAUAUUUAGCGAGGAGCAGCUCAUGAAUGUCGUAAUUUUUACGAAGGUGACGUAUUUUAAGACGAUCGCGGAUUAUAUAACAAAAUUCGUAAAUGAUAACAGUGCAAUAUUACACUUUCGUUAAACGCUAAACAUAUUAGAUGGCUGCCAGGCUCUAAUGUACACGGCCACUUUGCACGUGGAUGCGCGUACUUAGCGAGCUGCUUAUUUCUGGCCGCCGAAAUGUGCUGCCGAAGUGCUGCUGAAAUAGCAAUCGCGACUGAAUUUUGCUGACGCGAUUUAUCUUUACGCAUGAGGAAGACACAAUGCUACAUCAGCGUGACUGUGAUUGAAAUUUGAAGGAUGGUUUGCGCAUGUCGGACUUUUGAAGGUGUUUGUUGAAAAGUUGGCGACCGACUCUUCCGCACACAUACAUACAGACACACGCAUACGUACACACACACGACACACUUCGCGAGGCUAACUCGCGACUAAGACCACCUUGAAAAUGCAAUGAGUAGAUUUUAUUUAAGAAUAUUCUUAGAAACAGCUAACUGUGUCCUCUAGUGGCUACUUCUGAUCGGGUUGCAAGGAGAACAGGAGCGAGCAGCGAAUUUAUCAUUCGCGUUGCUCGAAGUGAAAUUUUCGGCGCUGCCUGAAUGAUUGAUGCAGCUCUGGUUUUUAGUUAACGGAGAUCGAUUUGUAACCCGCAUCAAGACUAGCGGUAUUUAAAGGUUCACGCUUCACUAACGUUUUUAACGAUACAAGUAGCAUUAAGAUAGCGAUUAAGCGUGUAAGCAUAGACGGAGGAAGGAAAAAAAGGGGGAAUGGCCGAGAAAAUACUUUCUCGGAUUUACAGCGGUUUCUCGAAGCGGUUCGUGCCUUUUUGCGAAAACAGGAAGCGAGAACUUUACAAGGAAGGAAGAAAAACGACGACUAACUUCAUUCGCGCGCACGAGUUACAUUCCCAAUAAGGAUAUCAAUGUUAUAGCGGAUUAAUUGGAAUCAGCCGAAUAACAGUGAUCGACAAGCGAGACAAUGUCUUAAGGUACCAACCGCUUGCGAGAUGCCGCUAAAGUUCUUUCGAGACUUACAAGCGAGAGUACCUCUACUCGUGAAACUCGUACUGGUACUGGAACUGAUGAGAGAAGAGAAGCACUCGAGCAUUCGGUUACUGAAGUGUUAGAUAGUCUUCUGCGUGUCUUCGAAGCUCGAGGGCCCUCGAAAUUUUAGCCGUGUUCAGAGUGUUAAAACAAGAAAUACUCGAGGUACAAUGUACUAUCGGCGGGAUAAGCGGCCGAAUAGUUCUAUAAGGACAAUGAUAUUUUUCUCCAGUUUAUCAACUCCACUCAAUUAGUCAACGCGCUAUGAAAUAUCCGGCUGAACACUCUUCUCGUUUCUUCAAAUACUGCCAUAGUUCAUGAGCACGCAAGUAUCUAUUUCGAAAAUCAAAUCUUUAUUUCCCUUUAAAAAAUAAAUAUGUAAAUAAGCACUUGAGGGGUAUGUUUUGUUAAUUUAUGGCGUAGAUAUUGAGACGAGAAAAACACAUUAACACCCGUAAAAGUUGAGUAUUGGAUUCACUUUAUAAAUUUUUCAAUUCAUUUCUCUCUCUACAGUUAAUUAUUAAAUAAUUUAUAAAUGAUAAACAUGCAUCCUUAUUUAAGACACGACAACGUGUCAAUUUGUAUUACAGGUGGAUUUUUUCUCUUUGAGAAACGUUAUGUAUUUCAUAAACAGCACGAAUUGAGUGGAGUAAAUUUAGACUUCCGGUUAAGGUGCUUGCUCUAAAGGGGUCACAAUUGAAAUUAAUCAUUUGUUUAAAUGAAAGGAACGACAAGGAUUAAGAAAGAUAGCUUCAUUAAUCAAUAAAUUUCAUGAGAAGUUUCUUAAAUUCACAGAGGAUACGUUUAAGGGGCUGAUAAAAGAAAGAAUAGUAGUAAAUUACGUUUUUGCUAGAAUUAUUCAAGUCCUUAUUAGGAUUUGUAUUAAAUCAACGCUUAUUUAUUUAGCAAUGCAGUGUGACUCCUUAUGGUAUACAAAACAAUUUACAAAAUGUAUAUAUUUAUAUAUAUAUUAUAUAUAUAUUAUUAAGUCGGACUGUGCAGUAGACAUUCAGAAACACAUACGCAUCAAUACACAUCAAUCACAUAUAUUUGUACCCUAUUUAUAUACGCGAAUGUUUCAGUAAUUAAACUCAAAUCAGUUUUGACAGAA